ACUCCUCCAAUAAAGCUAGUCACUUUGCUACAGCUCAAUCCAGCUAUAUCAUCAACUUUUCCAUUUUAUCAUAUACUUUUUUGUAUUUUAAUCAAAAAAAAACUUUAGUACCACAUUAAUCAUAAUAAUAAAUAAUAAUACUAAUCUUGUUAAAUCAUUGAGUCCACAAUAGUAUAGCACCAGCUCAUGUGACAUACAGUCUGUCAAAACAUCUCUGUUUCUGCCUUUUUUUUCUUCAUUGCAAAAACAAACUUCUUUUUUCCUGCCAACCAUAUUAUUCUCCUCACUUGAAAACUUUCUUUAUUGGUUAUUUUCUACACCUUAAGUUCUCAACAACUUCACUUGUAAUUCUAACCUCACUACUCACUCUUGGUUUUCUCAUCAUGGCUACUGAGACUCUUGAACUUCCUUCUGAUCCUACUCAUCAGGAAUUUGUGAAGCAGGAAAAGGAUGAAGCUAUUGCAGAAAAGAUCAAUUCGUUAGCAAAUGAAGAUGGAGAUAAGCCAGAGGGUGCACAAGUUCGAUCUACUCCUUCGUCCACAACAGAAGGAGAUGAGGUGAAGGCCGAGCUUGCGGCAGCAGAGAUCAAAAAGGGGGACGAUUCUUCAGCGUUGAAGGAAUUUGUGAAGCAGGAGAAGGACGAAGCUAUUGCAAAAAAGAUAAAUUCCUUGGCCAAUGAAGAUGGUGACAAGCCCGAAGAAGCGCAAGGUCAAGCUACACCUUCCACAACAGAAGGAGAUGAGGUGAAGGCUGAGCUUGUAGCAGCAGAGAUCGUAAAGGAUGACAAUUCUUCAACAUUGAAGGAAUUUGUGAAGCCGGAAAAGGAUGAUGCUAUUGCAGAAAAGAUUGAUUCCUUAGCCAAUGAAGACAAGCCCGAAGACACACAAAGUCAAGCUCUUCCUUCGUCCACAACAGAAGGAGAUGAGGUGAAGGCUGAGCUUGUAGCAGCAGAGAUCGUAAAGGAUGAUGAUUCUUCAACAUCGAAGGAAUUUGUGAAGCCAGAAAAAGAUGAAGCUAUUGCAGAAAAGAUCGAUUCCUUAGCCAAUGAAGAUGGAGACAAGCCUGAUGACACACCAAUUCAAGCUACUCCUUCGUCCACAACAGGAGACGAGGUGAAGGCAGAGCUUGCAUCAGAAGCGAUCGAAAAGGGUGACGAUUCUUCAGCGUUGAAGGAGUUUGUGAAGCUGGAAAAGGAUGAAACUAUUGAAGAAAAGAUCAAUUCCUUAGCCAAUGAAGAUGGAGACAAGCCUGACCAUUCGCAAGGUCAAGCUACUCCUACAUCCGAGGCAGAAGAUGAGGUGAAGGCUGAGCUUACAGCAGUGGAGAUCGAAAAGGGUGACGAUUCUUCAGCAUUGAAGGAAUUUGUAAAGCAGGAAAAGGAUGAAGCUAUUUCAGAAACGAUUAAUUCCUUGGCCAAUGAAGAUGGUGACAAGCCCGAAGAUGGACAAGGUCAAGCUACUCCUUCGUCCACGACAGAAGGCGAUGAGGUGAAGGCCGAGCUUGCAUCAAAAGCGAUCGAAAAGGGUGACGAUUCUUCAUCAUUGAAGGAAUUUGUGAAGCCGGAGAAGGACGAAGCUAUUGCAGAAAAGAUUGAUUCCUUAGCCAAAGAAGAUGGAGGCAAGCCUGAUGAUGCACAAGAUCAAGCAACACCUUCGUCCACGACGGAAGGAGACGAGGCGAAGGCUGAGCUUGCAGCAGCAGAGAUUGAAACGGGGGACGAUUCUUCAGCACUUAAGGAAUUUGUGAAGCUGGAAAAGGACGAGGCUAUUGCAGAAAAGAUCAAUUCCUUAGCCAAUGAAGAUGGAUUCAAGCCUGACGAUUCACAAGGUCAAGCUACUCCUUCGUCCACAACAGAAGGAGAUGAGGUGAAGGCUGAGCUCGCAGCAGCAGAGAUCGAGAAGGGUGACGAUUCUUCAGCAUUUACAAUAUCUGUGGAAGAUAUUCUGAAACAAGACAUAGUUGAUGAAUCACAAAAUUCAGCUGCAGAGAAAGGAGAUGAAGAGAAGGCUGAGCUUGCAUCAUCAGAGAUUGAAAAGUCUGAUGACUCUUCAGCAUUGAAGGUUUCUAUUGAAGAUAGUCCGAAACCUGACAUAGUUGAUGAUGCACCAAAUUCAGCUGUAGAAAAAGUAGAUGAAGAGAAGGCUGAGCUUCCUGUUCCUGUAGAAAAAACUGAUGAUUCAGUGCCAAUAGAACCUGUUGCAGUUGCAGACAUUGCGGAAGAGGAGAAGAAUCCAAUUCCUGAAUCACAGCCUAUUAGUGUUGCAGAACCAGUGCUUGACGCAGCAAUAAGCCAGCAAGACGAGCCACAAUCGACUGAAACUGAUGUGAAGGAAACACAACAAACGAUUGAAAAGAAACCUGUAGAUGAAGAAAAUAAAUCCAAAACAGGAGACGUUCCAGAAGCUGAAAUCAUUGAAAAAUCAGUUGACACCACUGAGAGUUCAAGUGAUGCGACUGAGACUAAUCAAUCUGAAGUAGCUGAGGUGAAACAUGCUGAAAUUUCAGAAACAGGUGCCGAAAAGGUGACCGAGCCUGUCGCUACAAAAGAGAGGGAAGUAACGCAAGAACCAGAAAAAGAAUCGCAAGAAAAAUCAGAAGAGGCGGAGCAACCAAGCACAAUUGCAAUUGUUGAACCCUCAGCUGAAGCCAAUGAGGAAAAGAUAUCAGCAGCGAUAGCGGAAGAGACCAACAACACCGAAGUAGAAAAAGCAAAAGCAGAAUCUGUGGUUACUGAAGUUGAGCCAACAGAAACAAAAAAAGAACUUGUGGUUGCUGAUGUUGAGCCCACAGGAACAGUAAAAGACGAGCCUGCGGUUACUGAAGUUGAGGAAAAUCAAAAAGAACCGAAGGAAGAGGAGCAACCAAACACAUCUUCAAUUCCUGAACAGUCUGCAGAAACUAAUGAUGUCAUUGCUGUAGAAGAAAAAACAAGAGAAUUGGAGUUUGAGGCCGCAAUACUGAAAGAUACAAACAACGACAAUGCAGGGCCUACUGAAACAGAGAAAGCAGAGCCUGUGGUUACUCAAGUUGAGCUUACAGAAACAGUGAAAGAAGAACUUGUGGUUGCUGAAGUUGAGCCCACAGAAACAGUAAAAGACGAGCCUGCGGUUACUGAAGUUGAGGAAAAUCAAAAAGAGCCGAAGGAAGAGGAGAAACCAAACACAUAUUCAAUUCCUGAACAGUCUGCAGAAACUAAUGAUGUCAUUGCUGUGGAAGAAAAAACAAGAGAAUUAGAGUUUGCAGCAGCGACACUGAAAGAUACAAACAACGACAAUGCAGAGUCUACUGAAACAGAGAAAGCAGAGCCUGUGGUUACUCAAGCUGAGCCUACAGAUACAGUAAAAGAAGAACUUGUGGUUGCUGAAGUUGAUCCCACAGAAACAGUGAAAGAAGAGCCUGCGGUUAUUGAAAUUGAGGAAAAUCAGAAAGAACCAGAACAACAAUCAACAGAACCGAGGGAAGACGAGCAACUAAACGCAUCUUCAAUUCCUGAACAGUCUACCGAAACUAAUAAUGUCAUUGCUGUAGAAGAAAAGACAAGAGAAUUAGAGUUUGAGGCCACGAUACUGAAAGAGACAAACAACAACAAUGUAGGGCCUACGGAAACCGAGAAAGCAGAGCCUGUGGUUACUGAAGUGGAUGAAAGCCAAGGUGCACAAGAAAUUCAAUCGUUCAAGCAAGAGGAAGAAGCGAAGCCAAAGGAAAAAUCUGAAAGUCAAGAACAAAUAGGUGAUACAGUGGAGGUUCACCCUUCUAAAGACUCUGAUAUUGACCCGGUGAAAGAGGCUGGCAACUCGGAAUUAGAAGCAAUUCCUGUAAAAGAAGAGAACAUAGACUCUCUGUCUAAUGGAGUGGAGGAAAAGCCAAGAGAACAAUUACAAAUAGGUGAAGAAGUUGUGGAAACUAUUAAGGUGGUGGAGCCUGAGAAAGCAACGCAAAAAAGUGAAGAAUCUAUCGACGGUACAAUAAAAAACUCCACUGUCAAAGAAGACGAAAGUGAAACUAACACCACAGUGAAUACUGAACAAGUUUCACUAAAUGAGGAAGCUCAGACAAAGCUUGAAAAUCCAGUGGAACCUUCUCCUGAAGUUGAAGAAAAGACUGUUGUAGAAGAUGUUAAGAAAGAAGUGGCCGGUGUUACAGAGAACGCUACCAGUGUCGAUGAAAAGGUUGAUGUUGCCGCAGAAAAUGUAAAGAAGGAACCAGAAGCACCUGAUGCUGUCCAAGUAUCCUCAAGAGAAACGGAGGUUGAGAUCAAGAAGGCUGAGGAACAAAAUGAGGCAAAGACAGAUACACCUGAAGCAGGGAAAGCUGACACAAAGGUAGAUGAAAUCUCUAAAGCUGUAAGUGAACCUGUUAGAGAAACACUGGCAUCUAAAUUUGAAGAAAAAGACGAGGAGGAAAAAACUAUUCAAACAGGAGAGAAUAAUUCGGAGAAAGAAAAAAUCGAAGAGCCAGUGAAAACUGAGGUUGAAGCCACUAAGGAAAAUGAUACAACAACAGUAACCAAGGACCUUCCAAAAGAAACUCCAGCCAAACCAGCUCAGAAGCAAUCAAAUAAUAUCAUAUCAAAGGUAAAACAGUCACUAGUGAAAGCAAAGAAGGCUAUCACUGGUAAAUCACCAUCCUCCAAAAACCUGAACUCAGAUCAAAAGGGGGACAUUAAAGUCAAAUAAUGCGACACAGAAUGAAUUAAGUUUGAUGAAUUAAAGGUGUGCAGAGUGCAGUGUAUAUAGAUGGCAUAUAUAUAGCAUAUAUUUUGGUUUCUAUACAUUUUUUAUUUUCUCUUGAAUUUGUUUGAAUGCAAAAAGGUGUGCAGAGUGCAGUGUAUAUAGAUGGCCUUAGGCCAUGCUUUAGACAGUAGUGUAAAAUUUGAUUGUUUUCUUCUUCUUUAUUCUUUUGAAUGUAUGCAGUUUGUUCUUGAUUGAUGUUUGUAACCGAUGGAAGCCAUUUUAACUAUAUGGCGUGAAAAUGAAUGGUUUGUACUUCUGUACAAUGAGCUGUGAUGAAUGAUGAUCUAGUAUUGAUUGUUUA